AGGCUUCUUUGGUUAAAGAUGUUGGAAGCUUUCUCAUGUGCUUUGCUAUUUAUAAACAACAAUUGGAAGAAGCUCCUCUUUCAUCCAUCUCUCACUUCUCAGAUUCCCAUCACUACUUUCAACAGAAACACAAAACUUUAAAUAAAAGAUUCAGUCUUUCGUUUAAUUGGUGAUCAUCGCCUCUCAUACUUGUCUCUAGAUCACAUCUCUCUGAGAAGAACAAAGAUCUGAUCGGCUUCCGAGAAUUACAUACCUUUUGAAACAUCCAAAAGAGUUGAAAGAUGGGUCUAUCAAGCCUUCCUGGUCCAUCAGAAGGAAUGCUAUGCGUGAUAUUAGUUAACACAGCAUUGUCAAUCUCCAUCUUCAAAGGCAUUCUCAGGUCAGUGCUUCAGCUAAUAGGAAUCCGUCUCUGUCCUUCUUCAGCAGCAGCAGCAGCAGCUGCAUCUUCAGAGAAUCAAACUUCAGAGACUUUUGAUUUCCGGGUCUGCCAGCCUGAGAGUUUCCUUGAGGAAUUCAGGAACAGGACCCCCACAGUGAAGUUUGAGAGCUUGUGCAAGUGCAAGAAACAGGCGGACAACGAGUGUUCUGUAUGCCUGUCGAAUUUCGAAGAGGAUUCAGAGAUCAACAAGCUAAAAUGUGGCCAUUUGUUUCACAAAACAUGCUUGGAGAAAUGGAUAGACUACUGGAACAUCACUUGCCCACUCUGUAGGACUCCUCUUGUUGUUGUCGCAGCAGACGACCAGCUGGUUUCCUCUAAUGUUUGGUGACUACUUUUCUUUGUAUAGAGUUUUCCUGGGGGUUGGGUGUGUCUGUUGUUGUGUACAGCUACUACUACUUUUUACUCUGAAAUUAGGCUGCGUCACGGUUGAUUCUUUAUCAGAUUCAGACCGGAGAUGGGAGUAUUCUGUUGUGCAUAUUUUGUGAGCUGUUUAUGUAUGUAGUAGACCCAUGUGUAAUGGAAGCUCUUGUUUGAACA